AUGCGUUCUUUCAUCGUCGCCUCCGCGCUCUCCGCGCUUCUCGUCUCCGCCCAGAACUCUACCUUCUCGAUUGAUCCCACCGAGGUCACUGCCACUCUCAGAGCCCAGUGGUGCUCGGCCCAGACCUCGACAUGCAACACUCUCUGCGAUUCCAACCCCAAUGACAACUCGUGCGAAGUUGAUUCUCUCGACUUCAGCUGCACCUGCCAAAAUGGAAGCGCCCCUGGCCUGCAGUACUACACCCAGACUAUUGAUACUUUUGUCUGCCAGCAGGCGUUCACGGACUGCAACGAGGCCAAUGUUGGCAAUGCCAAGGGACAGGAGAACUGCACCACCAGCAUCCAGGACCACUGCGGUACUCUAGACCCCGCCGACUACUCCGCGACUCCCUCCUCGACCGGUUCAUCCACGGCUUCCGCUACCUCGGGCUCUUCUAGCUCCACUGCCUCGUCGGGUAGCGCUUCCAGCUCGUCCUCGCAGGCUGCUGCCCCCACCAACAUCCAGCACCUGGGUACCGGUGCCCUUGCUGCUGGUAUGGGUGUCCUCGCCUACCUGCUGUAG